CCUCGCAAACCCUAAGCGCCCGCCUCCCACCCUCUCCCGCCGCCGCCACCGCCGCCGCCGCGCGAAGCAAGCAGGAGCAGCCAGGAUGCCGGCCGGCCACGGGCUGCGCUCGCGGACGCGCGACCUCUUCGCGCGCCCCUUCCGCAAGAAGGGGUACAUCCCGCUCACCACCUACCUCCGCACCUACAAGAUCGGCGACUACGUCGACGUCAAGGUGAACGGCGCCGUCCACAAGGGGAUGCCGCACAAGUUCUACCACGGCCGCACCGGCCGCGUCUGGAACGUCACCAAGCGCGCCAUCGGCGUCGAGAUCAACAAGCAGGUUAAUGGCCGCAUCAUCAGGAAGCGUAUCCAUGUCCGUGUGGAGCACGUCCAGCCGUCCCGCUGCACUGAGGAGUUCCGCCUGAGGAAGGCUAAGAAUGACCAGCUGAAGGCAGACGCCAAGGUGCGUGGUGAGGUCAUCAGCACCAAGAGGCAGCCGUUGGGUCCCAAGCCUGGCUUCAUGGUCGAGGGUGCUACCAUCGAGACUGUCACCCCCAUCCCAUACGACGUGGUCAAUGAUCUCAAGGGUGGUUACUAGGUUGUUUGGUUGGCCUAUCUACCUGCACUAUCAGUUCUAUAUCUGUGUUACUCUAGUGCGUACAAUUUUGCUCGCUCCGAGCAGUAGUCUGGACCUAUUCUGUCUGUUCCUGUUGAAAGAUUUUCCAUUCUAGGUGCAAACCUGAGUUCAUCAGAACGCUCAAUACUGUUAUCUUUGCUUCUGAGAAUGAAGAUGUGCUUUCCUGAACCA